AUGGGCGCAGCGGGGUCGCGCGAGGUGUGGGUGGUGAUGCCAGACGGCCGCGCGGAGAGCUUCCGCGAGCCAAUCACCGUCGCGCAACUGCUCGCGCAGCACCCGGGGUACCUCGUGUCACAGCCUGACCUGCCCGGGAACCACGGCGAGAAUCUCGGCGCGAAUCGCGGGCGGCGGUGGAAUUUGCCAGCGGAAGAGGUGCUGCGGCUCGGGGAGAUGUACGUGCUGCACUCCGCGGAGCUGGCGAGCGUCGAGGACGUCUUCGCUGACGUGGCGAAUCGCGUGCAGACUAGGCGAACGCGCCCCCCAUUGGAUUCCCCCUCCGCAUUCCGCCCCUUCCCCUUCUUCCCCCCUCCCCGCCUCCGCGCAUCUGUCUGUGCGCAGGGCCAGUCACAGCGACAGCCGCGCAAGGCUCGCGGAGGCCAUUCGCGCUCCAAGUCCACCUCUCUCGCCGACGGCGGUGUAAGAGCAGAAACCGAACACGCGGAGUGGCAGGAUGCCGGGGUUACCGCCGGGACUCGCGGCGGUGGUGCUGGCGGAAGGCACAAGGGCAGCCGACCGCGGAGGACGCGCGCAGCGGCGGGAGAAGGGGCGCGCGGGGAGUUCCAGCGCCCGGAAAACGACACGCGACAGGGCGGAGCAAUCUGCGCCAACACAGUGGCUGCGGCUGUAGCGGCGGAAAGCGCCCUCGGGGGAUCUAGAAGCCUCCCCCACAGCCCCUCGUCCUCCCCCUCCCCUCCGCUCUCCCCUCGCCUUUCCCCUCCCCGCGCUCGCCCCGGCCACCGUCACACGCGCGGUCUUCCCCCCCGCGUUACGUCGCGCCUGGCGCAAGCGCACGGGCACUGCAGGCGCGCAUCCGUAAGUGCGCUCCCUGUGGGGGAGGAAGGGGAGGGGAGUCGGGCGGAGAUACGAACAGGCAUUGGGGAGCAGCGUCGAGCGGGUUACCAAGUAACGAGCGGAAUUUUGUUCGGAAUCUCGGAUGGUGAUAGCAGCGACUCGUCAAUGGUGCUGACGUCACCAAAGGUUGACAUUUCGGAUGUGAUUGGCUACAAGGUUUCCCCUGUGUCGUCACCAGAGGGGGAAGGGGAAGGCAAGCGCGGCACCGAGGCGUGGGAUGCGGAAGGGGAGCGUGGGCGCGGAACGCAUGGGCGGGGGGAGAACGGGGGGAGAGAGCAGAGGCGUGGGCGCGCACAGGUGCAAGAACAUGCGCGCGACAGCCGCGAGUCUACUGCGGGCAGAACUGGUGCGGGUGGCGCGGGGAGAGAGGCGGGGCAACGAGGGCGGGCGCGGGCAGGGGAGAGGGGGGUGGCGGGGGAGGCGAAGGGGCAGGGGGAGGUUUCAGCUGCGCUGCUGGCGCAUCUGCAGUGGGGGAAGGUGGCGGAGAGUGGCGGAAGAAGGGCGGCGAGGGGAGGGCGGGCGGUAGGGCGCAGUGUGUCUGCGGAGGAGGAGGGGGGACCGAUCGUGAGAGCCAGGAGGGAGGGCUGGAGUGGGGGGGAGGUGUGGGAAGAGAGAAGGGAGGGGGAGGAGCAGGACGAGGAGGAGGAGGAGGAGGAGGAGGAGGAGGAGGAGGAGGAGGAGGAGGAGGAGGAAGAAGAGGAGGAAGAGGAGGAGGAAGAGGAAGAGGAAGAGGAGGAAGAGGAGGGGAUGAAGGUCAGGGAGGGGGGGGAGCAGUCAGAGGCGGCAUUGCAGUGCACGUCCCUCGAGCAGCCCGCUCAGCCUCUCUUCUCCGCCUGCGCUGCCCUCGCCCACGCCGUUCUGCCCCCCACCUCCUCCCCCAGGCCUCUCCCCGAUGAAGUGGAUGGGCGGAUGGGGGUGGCGGACGGAGGGGGGGAGGGCGGAGGGGCAGGCGAGGGGGAAGGGAACUUGGCAGGCCACAGCAGGGCGCUGGUGAAUGCCCUGUCUGGUUCGUCCGCACCGCACCGCUGCAUACCUCCCUUUGGUAGGCUGCUGCACAGCACGUUCCCUCCCAGCGGAAGGUUGGUGCCUGCCCCGGCUGCUCCCAGCGCAACUGGCAGCAACAGACUGCAGUGA